AUUCCAAUCAAAAUUCAUACUGUAGGCUACUAUACCCACGGUCAUGGCAUGCAUUUUCGGAUCAGUAUUCAUAAUAGACCCGUGGGGCGAGCAGAAGUGUUGAAAAGAUGAAAAUCAGAAUGGACUAGCUCAACGCAAGUUAGCACACGUAAAUUCCUGACAAUAUAGCCUAAUGCUGUGACCUGAAAGAAGUGCGUGAGUUGUAAUUGACCUGUUCAAAUUACCGCUUCGCCCGGGCGUGCUCAUUCUUCUCGAGAGACGAAACACGGUGACAGUCAUGAGGACGUUGUUUAUGUGGAGAUGAAAGCGACCAAUUGUACAAGAUGCAACGCGGGAUUAGCCAACCAUAAAGAAACCGUUUAUUUCGUUAUUGGCAUCAAUAACGGGAUCUGAUGUGUUGUGGCUACAAUAUUACCAAAUAUGUUUUUUCAACUGACAGCUAGAAUGCUAUUACAGUAGCAGUCGUGCAAGCAGCGCUUGAGGAAAAGCACUAGAUGACGGUGCGCUGGAAUAAGCGGGAUAGCUUGAAGGUGAAAAGGAGGAAACAUUAAAACAUUUUUCUUGAUGUCUUCAAGUGGACAGAAGAGGAGAUGUGGGGGAGCUGCGAUAGUGAGUAACAAGCGAUGUACUGAGCGGACAGCAAGGAGAACUCAGACAGCGAGAGAAUAGGAAAACAUAACAGACAUAGAAGCAACUGGAUUUAUUUGAGAUCUGGGUUUGCGCAGCGAGCGUUGUCUGAGGCAUGGGCUGCGCUCCCAGUAUUCACGUCUCUCAGAGCGGGGUGAUCUAUUGCAGGGACUCGGACGAGUCCAACUCCCCUCACCAGACAACGACUAUAUCCCAGGGUACCGCUGCCACCCUCCACGGCCUGUUUAUCAAGACGGACGCGGCAGACACCAUACCUUCAGUUAUCGCUUACCAGAGCAGGCACACACGAACCAAUUCGCACCGGGAGCGCAGAGAAAACAGCGGAGGGCAUAUCUGCAUCGAGGCCGAGACGCAGACGAGCCAUACCAGCGUUAAGGUCUCUUCCACAGAGGAAUGCAUAGGUCCAAUGCGACUGACCCAAGAGCCUAUUCAGGUCUUGCUGGUCUUUGCGAAGGAGGACAGCCAGAGCGACGCGUUUUGGUGGGCGUGUGACCGCGCGGGCUUCCGGUGCAACAUCGCCCGGACGCCGGAGUCCGCCGUCGAGUGCUUCCUGGACAAGCACCACGAGAUCGUCGUCGUUGAUGGAAGGCACUCCCGCUACUUUGAAGCCGAGGCAGUCUGCAGGUCAAUCCGUGCCACCAAGCCUUCUGAGCAUGCUGUCAUUUUAGCAGUGGUCCCGCAAAUACCACAGGAUCAGGAGGAGCCCUCUGUCCUGCCUCUUCUCAACGCAGGCUUCAGCAGAAGAUUUGUGGAGAACAGCACAGUCUCUGCCUGCUACAAUGAGCUCAUCCAGAUUGAACAUGGGGAGGUACGCUCACAGUUUAAACUGAGGGCCUGUAACUCAGUAUUCACUGCACUGGAACACUGCCAGGAGGCAGUAGAGAUCACCAGUGAGGACCAUGUCAUACAGUACGUGAACCCCGCCUUUGAGAAGAUGAUGGGGUACCACAAAGGGGAGCUCAUCGGCAAAGAGCUGAUGGAACUGCCAAAGAGCGACAAAAAUCGAGCCGACCUCCUGGACACAAUUAACACCUGCAUAAAGAAAGGCAAGGAGUGGCAGGGCAUUUACUAUGCGAGGAGGAAGUGUGGCGACAGCAUUCAGCAGCAUGUUAAAAUCACCCCUGUCAUCGGCCAAGGAGGGAAAAUCCGACAUUUUGUGUCAAUCAAGAGACCACACAGUGACAACAAUAAACAGGUGCACAAGAUCAGCCGGGAUGAAAGACACAGUGGAGAAAAUUCGCAAUCAGAAUGCCAGUCCCUGCGUCACAAGGACAGGAGGAAAGAGUCUGUUGACGUCAGGUCCAUCAGCUCCCGGAGCAGCGACGGUACGGGCGCUAUCUCCGCCUCUCCUCGGCCAGCGGAGCAGAGGAGGCCUCCCACUCCAAGUUUACAGAAUCGCAGGUACUCUUCCAUGGCCAGGAUCCAUUCGAUGACAAUAGAGGCACCGAUCACAAAGGUUAUAAACAUCAUCAACGCGGCCCAGGAGAGCAGCCCGGUGACGGUUGCCGAGGCCCUGGACCGGGUUCUGGAGAUCCUGAGGACCACCGAGCUGUACUCGCCCCAGCUGGCCUCCAAAGAGGACGACCCCCACACCAAUGACCUCGUGGGGGGGCUCAUGAGUGAUGGUUUACGACGACUCUCUGGGAACGAAUACGUCUUCUCAAAAAAUAUCUCCCAGAGUCAGCUGGCCAUGCCUGUCACCCUUAACGACGUCCCGCCCUCCAUCGCCGAGAUGCUGGACGGGGAGGAUCACUGGGAGUUUAACAUCCUGGAGCUGGAGGCUGCUACCCACAAGAGGCCCUUAACCUACCUCGGUUUGAAAAUCUUCGCCCGUUUCGGCAUCUGCGAGUUCCUUAACUGCACGGAGGCCAUGUUGCGGUCCUGGCUCCAGGUCAUCGAGGUCAAUUACCACUCCUCCAACUCCUACCACAACUCCACGCACGCCGCGGACGUGCUCCACGCUACAGCUUACUUCCUGCGCAAGGAGAGGGUCAAGGGCAGUCUGGAUCAGAUGGACGAGGUGGCGGCGCUGAUCGCGGCCACCGUGCACGACGUGGACCACCCGGGCCGCACCAACUCCUUCCUGUGCAACGCGGGCAGCGAGCUGGCCAUCCUGUACAACGACACGGCCGUGCUGGAGAGCCACCACGCCGCCCUGGCCUUCCAGCUGACCGUGCGCGACAGCAAGUGCAACAUCUUCAAGAACAUGGAGAGGACUCAGUUCCGCACGCUGAGGCAGUCCAUCAUCGACAUGGUGUUGGCCACGGAGAUGACUCGCCACUUUGAGCAUGUCAACAAGUUUGUCAACAGCAUCAACAAGCCAAUGGCAGCCAUGGAGGAGUCCAGCUCCAAUAGUGACGGCAGUGACUGCGAGGGCCCCGCCAGCAUCAGGAACUCGCCGGAGAACCGGCUGCUCAUCAAGCGCAUGAUGAUCAAGUGCGCGGACGUGGCUAACCCGUGCCGCCCGCUGGAGCUCUGCAUCGAGUGGGCCGGGCGCAUCUCCGAGGAGUACUUCGCCCAGACUGAUGAGGAGAAGAGGCAGGGUAUGCCCGUGGUCAUGCCUGUCUUCGACCGGAACACCUGCAGCAUUCCCAAGUCUCAGAUCUCCUUCAUUGACUACUUCAUCACGGACAUGUUCGACGCCUGGGACGCCUUUGCCAGCCUGCCUGGACUGAUGGAGCACCUUUCAGAGAACUACAAGUACUGGAAGAGUUUGGAUGAGAUGAAGUGCAAGAGCUUGAGACCCCCGCCACCCCCGUGACCCCCCCCCCCCCCCGGCCCCCCAUCCAUAUGCCACGCCCCCCUGCAGCCGAGGGGGGUCCAUGAAUGUAGCCCGACACUCUUAUUAACCUCCCCACUGUGAUACAACAAUACAAGUCCGCCAAACACUGGCCUCGAAGCAGGAACCGGAGGCAAGGUGGCCGAGGCCUCCAAGCGAGAGGGUGACCCCGCUGGACUGUCUCUCUUGACAAUCUUUCCGGGUUUAAAGGGUGACUAUGCUCAAAUCGCACUUUACUAGAAGGAGAGUUCUCUACCUUUUGCAGUUUCUUUUUUUUUUUUUACCAUUUUUAGUUUGCACCGUAUGGGCAUCUUGACAGAGGGAGGCUGAAAACAAUGGUCCGCAGCACCUGUUUCCCACUGCGUAACCUGUUUCUUCAACGAGGAGAAAGAAAAAUAUUUUGGGUACAGUCCUUCUACCAGAAUGGGACAUCUGAGAAGACAUGGUGCAACACAAGAACACAACUCAAGAUCACUUCUGAGUAGUCAGCUUUUAAGCUGCAAUCCCCUCUUUUCAUUUUUACAAAGCCAGCUUGAAUAUUUCAUUUAUACUGGCACUGAUAAGCCAUUCUGGUGAGUUAUAUUGUGCUCUGCGGUCAUUGCCAAAAUCUGAGCAGUAAGAGCAAUCUCUUUGGUUCAGUGUAUUGCUGCAGCUAACUACUGUGAUCUUAAAUGACUGUAAUAUACAUCACAAUAAGAGAGCUCAUAACCUACCGAUAGCAUGGUCUGUGAGAAGUCUGUAUUUAUGGGACUAGCACUUACGAACAAAUGGAGAACCCAACCCAGCUCUCUGAGGUCUUCGAUGUUUCCGUUUUUUUUAUGUACAUUUUUUUAUUGAGGCUUUUAAAGCAGGCUAUGUUUAUUGUGCAUUGUACAGGCCCAAAAUGCUUUAUCCAAUGUUCUGAUUCCUUCAUACUGCAAAGUGGUUUGUCUUAAACUUUGAACAUGGUAUUCAAUUUUUUUUCAAUUUGUUAAUUUUUCAGUUUGCUAAGUAACGGAAAACAAGAAACACUCCUUGAAGUAUGUCAGUGAAGGGUAAGGAUGCUGCUGCUUUGUGGGUUGAUGUAGUCAGUCCUUACAAAUGCCAUGCAAACUGAGGACAAAGCACUACAUAAGCUUAAAUGUAUUUGAUUUCAUUCAAGUAACAUGUACGACUGAGAGAGAAAAGCACUUGUUGAUAAUGUCAAUGUGUAGUAGCAGCCUGAACCUUUUGCAGCCGUAUUGUCUUUAAACCAUUUUAUUUCCAGUCUCGCAAAUUAUGUGGACCAGUGGAAGGCUAGGCAAUAUUGAGGACAAUGUCUAAACAAGACUUCCCAUUGUUUGUAUUCAUCGUGAACAGUUGAUAUAAAAGACCUCGUCAAUAGUUAUAUUGUAAUUUAUAAUUUAUAAUUUUCUGUUUCAUUCAAAGUGUUUAAACAGGAGCUAGUCACUUGACUGCUUAAAUUAUGAAUGUAUUUUUAAAAGUAUUUUUGUUCCUAAAGGCAUAUUCAGAAAUGUUGUAUCAAAGGUUAAGAGAUCUAUAUUAAAGGGCACUAGCCUGCACCUGAACAUGUACAAAACUUAAACUUGCAGUAGUUGUACCAUAAUCUAUUGAUAACCUGUUGGUGCUUUAUCAUGAUUAUAUUCUGGUGAAUACGAAGCCAAUGAGUAUUUAACUAUUUAGUAGUAAGUCUAUAUUCAAUACUGUAACCCAUGAGUUUUCUUUACCAAGCCUUCUCCAACCAGGCUGUCCAUAGGACACACAUGAAAUUCAUGCACUAUUGGGUACUUCUCCCGAAUCGUAAAUAGUUGAUUUUUAAGUAAUCUAAAAAGAUGCAGGGUACGCUCAGUUUUAGAAUUUCCUUUCAUUAUUAUUAUUAUUAUUAUUAUUAUUAUUAUUAUUUGGGCUCAAAAAUGAAUGUGAAACAGUGAGAGUGGAAUGGAAUGUGUUUCAGGAAACAGAAGAGGCUCACUUGUGCUCACAGUAAUGCAGAACUCCAGUGACUUCCUGCUCUGGAAGAUCACAGUGUGUGCAGUGUGCAGUGUGUUGUACCCCAGUUUGCCCAUGUAGUUAUUAUUAGUAUCUCGUUGGGCGAGAGGAACAAAGAAUGCUUCAUCAGUACAACCGUGUUCAGUCUUUAAAACUGGGAAAUUGGUUCUGCACUGAGCUGAGAAAUUUCGCUCAGAAAUUUUCUUUUUCUAUUCGUUUAUCCUGUCAGUUCCAUUGCAUUUUGAAAUGGUUUGUACACAGGAGAAAUGCCAGAAUGUUCUGGCUCUUUGCCUUCUUCGGUGCAUUCAAGGACACAUUUACAAAGCCCUAUGUGGGAAUAUGUUUGUGUAUCCAUUAAGAGCAAACUAAUAAUGUGCGUGUACGUAUAAAACCCCAGUAGAGUACAAUCCGGGAAGGUCUCAGCUCUUGGAUUCAGAUUCUUUGAGUUACGGUCUGCUUUACAGAUUCAGGCAUUGCCAUAUUCCACUGUACUGUUCCUGCCUGGCAGUGUGGGCUGCAUCAAACUCAGAUUUGCUCUUGGCCUGCAAUCAAACAUGGUUGUCUCGCAUCACGACUGUUUCCUUUCCACUCAACUGUUCACAUCAGAUCCCUGAUAAAAAUGACUGAAUCACUACAGUGUGAGCGUUUGCCCACAUCAUUUUAUUUUUCUCUUUUUUAUGACUCUUCUGAACUCGAUAGCUGCUAGUUUAAACUGACGGUUCUUAUUUAAUUUACAUUACCAUUUGUCUUUGGGUAUGCUUGUUUUUCCUCAGAUGUUCUUCAAAUGCUGCUUUGGAGAGCUAUGACUAGAUAUGCUAAUAAUUUGCAGGGUUGAGAAGGUACAUUUUCUAGGCCAGUGUCUCCACCCAGUGGUACUUGUAGGUAAAAGCAAUUUACAAGUGAGCUAGAGGCUAAGGAAAAGUGCUAGUGUGAAAAGGCAUUUGUGGAUAGGUGUACUUUACCAUGAAAGAUUGUUUUUUUAAAUUGUUUUUUUAAAUACUCUGUUGAGUGUGAGGCCCCCAAUAAUCAGAGCAUUGUCUGAUUAUUGGUUAUCUACUUGUAGUUUUCAGAAACCAAUUCUGAUAUUUCAGUUUUAUUUACCUGGUUAUUCUUUGGUUUCUUUUUUACAUGCACAAAGAUGGGAAUGAACCUUGUAGCAAACUUUUUUGUACAUUCCAUUUGUGUGUGCUGUUCUGAAGAAAAGCUUAUGUGUACAGUGUCUUAACAAAGAAUUGGAAUUGUAUAAGUAUACACUUCCAACCUGCUCUAAAGGAACAAUCAUAUAUAUUCAUUGUGUAAUGUUCUUAUAUAUGGGGACUAGUACUGUAUGUACUGAACACAAGGACAUGGAGUAAUUUGUGAGUCGCACGCUGAUGAGUGAUUGGACAGUUUUAGCUGUAAAGUUCUUCCGACUGCUAUCUGUAAGAAAUAACAUUCUGUGUUCUUUGUGUACUGUAUUUUAUGCCACAGGCUAAACUUUUUUCUUCCUUUUUAAAUUUUUUUCUUUUUUAUUUUAUUUUUUGUACCAAAAGCACAGUACCCUGCAUUAGUUGCCUUACUGUAAGCACUUGCUCCUCUCUGGGCAGGUUGAAACUAAACAAAGUAACAGCACUGAUUCUCUAGCCUAAUCAGAUGGUCAGCACUGUAUUCUUAGCAUUGACGGUUCUGUCUGCUGUGGCUGAAGAUGAAACUCUUCAAAUUGAUGCCUUAUUAUGGAUAUUCACAAAGGGGAAAGGUUGCAGUGAAUGAUGGCAAUGGACUUUCUGUCCUUGGGUAUGCCUCUUCAUGAAUAUCUAUAAAUUGUAAUAGCACUGGAAACUCCUAUAUUAGGGACGUACAGAGGAUGGAAGGAACUGUAGCUGAGUAUCUGGUUACUGUGGUGAGAAAUCUGUGACAACAAUAAGCCAUACUGUGACUGGCUCUUGACCUGAAACUUAAAAAUACCAACAGAUCGCAAAUGCUUAAAUCAUGCAGGUAUACUCUUUUGUCACAUUCUUUUUUAAAACAAAAUAUGAAUAUUGCUUUUGCUUUUUUUUAUGUUUUAUUAACUUUAACCAUUUUCAAGUGAGCAAAGGAAUUGAGAGUAAAUGAGAUUAGUCACACUAAUCAGUUGUUGCCUUAAUCUCUAUCCAAUGAAUGACACACAAAAAGCUUUUUCCGUAAUGCGAAUAGGCUUGAGAAACAACUGGGACACACUCAGCACUCACAAAUUACUACUACGGUAACUAUGUAACUAUGUUAUGACAAGCACACAGCUGUGCUUGUCAUAAGAAUCUGUUGUCUGGUUCAUGGUGGUUUCUGCUGAUGUGAAAAUGUAUCAGUGAUGAAUUAAUAUCACCUUGGAAGAACCAUAAAUGCAAUAUGCCACACCAGGGCUUCCCUCAAGGAAAAGACACCUUCUCAGUGUUUCAUACAGUACAAUUCCCUGCUCUGAUUUUCAGAUAAUGUUGCUUCUUGUUAAUGUGUUUAAAUUGUGGUCCUGUUGGUUAUUCUUUAACUACCAGUGCGUCAUUUGUCUUUCAUGUGAACUGUCCACGCCCAAACCUGGAAGUCACACUUCCCCUCAAAGACAAGCAGUUACUGCUCUAGAGCCACCGACUACUGUCAAGGCAUUAUCAUCAAGUACUUUUUUUAUUGAGGCAGCAAGGUGAGCACGCUCCGGGUUUAAGCAUGUCGAGCUCGGGCAGCUCCUCUCCUGCUCUGACUUUACCUCUAGCGUGUGCACGUACAGGUGGGUCCUCGAAGGCGUGCGCGUCUGUGCUCGGUCGUGGAAGACGAAAGCGCGGUCAGUAACACGUCUAGGGCGAGUCCCCUUCACUGUCUGCCUCACAGGGGCCACUGGACUGAAAUACUUAUCGUAUUCGGUAUUAUUCAAUCACAUCAGUCAACUGAAAUGGUAGCCGAGACGGAGUUACUUCUGAAGUUCAGAUAUUCACAUCUGAAAUGUCUUGAGGAUUGGCUACGUGCCGCGAUUAAUGAGUUAUUGCAGUGGUCCCUCACUGAGAGGGCUUGCAAAGACAUUUUCUACCUGGUUUUUCUAGCUUUGUUUUUCUGUGUGGCCUCCAGUGGCUGAGACUAAGCACCCAGGGAUGGUGAUGGGAACAUUUCACACUUUCUGUUUUUGUUAAAUACUGUGGAGAUACUGUUUUACAGCAAUUUACAAUGUGGAUAUAGGCAAUGUGUGCCAAGUCCUUUACCGUUCGCAUUUUGUUUUUAUUUUUUGUAAAUUUACUAGCUGCACAACCAACAGAAAUUCCCAAGCAGAAUUGUAAAUAAGCUCUAUUUUUUAAAAGAAUCAUCUUUAUUGCUGACAGAAUAAUGGUAUCAUAUAACUCAUAUGGUCUGUGUAUUUUUGAAGGAUAUUUCUGUUUAGUUGUUUAAAAGAAUGUGCAUCACAGCUAUGUUGGUGCAGAAUCAUAUCACAUUCCCAAUCCAUGAUCGUGCUUUUCUUUUCUGUUUUAAAGUGUUAUUUCAGUAUUCCUGUUUGAAGAGCUUUAGGAUUAUACUUUUUUUUAAUUACAAUUUUUUUGGUCACGACAAGUUUUAAACUGUAUUUGUGAAACACAAUAAAAGGAACUUGCAAAAAUGUG